GUUCGCGUUGGUUUUUUUUUUCUUUGGCGAAAUUCGAUUUUAUAAGAAAAUAAAGAAACAAACAAAAAAUGUUGAUUUUAGUAUAGUGAAAAUUCAAACACAUAUAGAAUACCGUCACACAGAGAUCCAUCGACUGUCAAAAAGAAUUUAGGUUUUUUUUUCUUGUGUGUGUUUUGUUUUGGUUACAUUUUCUCGGUCGAUGUUUUGUUUUCGUUGAUUUUUCUUUAUCACGAUUUCCUUUUAUUGAGUGUGUAAAGUCGACCAGAAUUCGAACGAGAAACUUCAGUAUUAAUCACAACCGAUCGACACGACAUUGUACACAAAAUAUUUGUGCAAAAAAAAUUUUAUAAAUAUUCACGGGCAUUGUGUAUAAUUUAAAAUCAAGAUAUCAUUGGUUAUCGUCAUUGUUUUUUUUUUUAUUUCGUUGUCAUUCUGAAAUCAACGUUAUUUAAGUUUUUUUCGCGUUAAGCAUCUUUAAUUGUUUUCUUGUGAUUACAAAUAAAAAGUGUGUGUAUUUGCAUACGACUACAGUGUAUUCGGAGUGUGUGUGUGUAUGUAUUUGAAAAGUGAAGCAAAAAGCAGGAAAAUUGACCAUUCGUCAUCAAUCAUUGUGCUUUGAAAAUACUCCCGACUGCUUUAAUACGCGACAUUGAACGACUGAGAUUUAAUAAAUCGCAACAGCAAAUAACGAUUUACAGCCAAAAACUAAGAAAACAAAUAAUCAAACACAAACUAGGCCAUCAAAAUGGGUCGAUUUUCAGGGAAAAAAUGUCGCCUUCUCAGUAUGAUGGUGUUAACUGGAUUUUUCUUCUUUGUCGAAAUCAUAGUCGGCUAUGUUACAAAUUCAAUGGCAUUGGUGGCGGACAGUUUUCACAUGCUGGGUGAUAUAGCGGCGCUGGUCAUAUCGUUUUUAUCUGUAAAGAUGUCACCAAAGAAAUGGUCAAAAAAUACGUUCGGAUGGGCUCGUGCGGAAGUAUUGGGUGCUUUGGUGAAUGCCGUAUUCUUAGUAGCACUAUGUUUCAGCAUUACGAUUGAAGCGUGUAAAAGAUUUAUUGAAGAGAAAAUAAUUGAGAAACCAGAAUUAUUAUUAUUCGUUGGCGUAAUCGGCCUUCUAGUCAAUUUAAUUGGUUUGGUUUUGCUUUACGAGCAUGGUGGUCACCAUGGUCAUUCACACGGCAUCACACGAUCGAAUAAUAAGCUGUCACAACUAGCCAACACCGAUGACAAUGAAAACAAUUCAUUUGUUUACUCGGAGGAGACACAGAAACAAGAAAAGAAAUCAAAUGGUCACAAUCAUUCACACAAUGCGACGCAUAUGAAUAUGCGUGGUGCAUUUUUGCAUGUUCUCAGCGAUGCACUUGGCAGCAUCAUUGUCAUAAUUAGCGCUUUAGUUGUUUGGCUGAGCGAUUCGCAAUAUAAAAACUACAUAGAUCCAGCAUUAUCAAUUCUACUUGUGAUUCUUAUUCUACAUUCAGUGUGGCCACUUUUGCGGGAAAGUGCAUUGAUUUUGCUACAAACAGUUCCAACACAUAUUCAGGUCGAUGCCAUUCAAAAGCGGCUACUUGAAAAGGUAGACGGUGUAUUAGCCGUUCACGAAUUCCACGUAUGGCAAUUAGCCGGUGAUCGUAUCAUUGCAUCUGCUCAUAUUAGAUGUAGAAAUUUAUCCGAAUAUAUGAAAAUAGCUGAAAAAGUUAAAGAAUUCUUUCAUAACGAAGGCAUUCAUUCAACAACCAUUCAACCAGAAUUUUUGGAAAUUGAAACAAUGUACAAUACCACUGAUGGUAUCUCAACAUGUUUAAAUGUGAAUGGUUCUCAGGACGGUUGUGCACUUGAUUGUCCAACCACCGAAGAAGGAUGUGUCAAAGCCACAUGCUGCCAAACAAAUAAUAAGAAUCAACAGCCAUCACCAUCGGCAUCUCCAUUUUUGGUUCGUCAAAGAAACUCCAAUUCACGAAAUGAAAAUGACAUUGAGACAGGAUCAUUGUUGAAGUCCACAAACAAGACGGCACCGACAAUAGUACCAUCUCAAAACACUGACCACCAACAUCUGUCAGUUUGACGAACAAAACCAAACAACAGUGAUAAUUCAGAUUACACCACGUAGACUUAGCUAAAAAAAUGAGUUUUUAGUAAAUAAUUUGUUUUGUACUGUUAAAUAAAAAAAAGAGAAAAUAAUUUGAAAAAAAUUAACAAAAAAAAAUAGAUCG